AUGUCGCUGCCACUUAGCGUUGUCGAGAAUAUCCUGGACUAUGCCGAUUAUCGAACUCUGGUGAAGUUCUCAAGAUCAUCGCGAAUGGCUUAUUCCGUAGCCCAGCCCUUUUUGCAGUACGUUACCUCAAAAUAUGAAAAAUCAGAAUGGCCGGUUUGAGAUGAGCAUUCUGUGGUAGAUAAAAUCCGAUAUAGAACGGACUUGCUUUUUACACAGAUGUCCAUGCGGAGAUUGGAAUCCACUACAAAUUUCUUACGUUCGAAUGAAACAGAUCGACAAACCCAACUCUCAUUUUUAACCGGCUAACCUAAAUAACUUUGAAUUUCGCUCUCGACGAUAAGAUAAUUCUACUAGACGGCUUGAUAUCUCUACAAAAUCCUUCAAAAAAAUUUUUUGAGAAUUUUUUUUCAUGAAUUCUGCCCAGAAAACGCCCCCAAAAAAAAGCAGAAAGCGAGGAAGAUUAUCUUACAAAGUUUUUCAGAAGGAAAAAAGCGCCAAUCAGCGCAACAGUUUCUUUCCACCUUCACAAUAACCCCGAAAGGGACUGUGUUUGCGUGGAGAACAUUCAAGGAGGGGACAAACGAAUUGAAGUGAGCUCAGAACUGUUUUUCACUUUUUCUGAGUUUCGAUUGAGUCAUAUGAAAGUAUAUCGUUCAGUGGAAAAACGAUGAAGGCUUCGAAGAGGAGCUGUACAAGAAGCUCAGCAAGUACGUCUUCACGAAUGUUAAAAUGCAUAAGAUGAGGUUUUCUUACUUCAAGAAAACAGGUGUUCUUACGAAGUUUGCCGAAAUGGGUCUUUUCAAGGAGGCGAAAACGGUGAGUUCAGUUACCAUUGACGCAAAAAUCAAUGCACACUAUGUUUUUUGGCGAUAACUCAGUCAAAUUUAAGCUGAUUGAGCUCAAGUUCCAUGUUUCUAAGUGAUGUUCUUUGCCGUGGAAAUUUCAAAAAGUCGUAGCUAUUUUUAACCCAAAAGUUUGAUGGUCACGAAAAAUAAUUGAAUUUUGUACGAGCCCUUCAAAAAUUCAGUUUCUCUAAGCCUUGCAUAAGUAGCCAUGUUCAAAUUGAAGCUGAUACGAGGCAGGUUGUAUGAAUUGCUUUUCGAGCGAAACUGUUUCUGAAUUAAUUUCAUAAUAUUUCGUACUCAAAGGAUAAUUCCAGCUAACCUUCGACGUCGACAAGCGGAUGGCGUACAGGAACUAUGCGAAUUGGUUCCCCAACCUUUAUCGCUUUGACGGCAAGAGCUAUCCGGGUAUUCUGAACGUCCGAAAGCAGUUCAUUGGCCUGCCAACCUUCCGCAAAAUUAUUAGGAAUUAUCCUGCUUCGGAGUAUUUCAGGUUAAUUUGAAGAAAAUUAACCCAACGUAGAAAAAUUUAGAAUGCAUAUGAAUGUGACCAGGGACGUCAUAUUGACAAACGGCUGCCUCAAUUUCAUCAUGGAGCAGCACAAACUCAAGAAGACGCCUCUGAAAGUGUUCGUCCUCGACGGGGAGUUCCUGUUUAGGGCGAGCGUAAAUAAACUUAUCAAGUUUCUAGAGGUAUUUGCACUGUUUUGUAUGAAAUCUCAUUGACAUUUUGCAAGUUUGCCGCGUGGAGUUGUACGGAGUACAAGUCGAGGAAGCCGCAGGAUGAGGAGAAUGGGCCGGAGCAAAAUGUAAGUAGAACUAACUAAAUUUCUUUUGUGCCAGAAAAAUCACAUUGAAGUGGUGAUAGCUUAAAACUGCAGUCUCCAAAAACUCUCGAAUUAUUCAUUUCAGUACUGUAAAUUGUUCAGAUCUUUUGCAAGCUUCACAGAUGUACUUUCUGCAGAAAAAUUUGAUUCAAUUAGAUACAUUUUUUUCUAAUUAGAGACAUUUAUUUUUAUAUUCAUUUCACUCAAACACAAAAAAAUACAUUGAUCUUUAAGAUAUUUUUCAGGGGCCUCGAUGCUACAUCGAAAUCGGUUCUCCAUACAAGAGGAGCAACGACGACAGCAAGAAGAAAAUGAAACUCGCCCUCCAGCGAAUGGGAAUAACUCCAACAGAAACGGCAUGGAAGCUUGAUGAGCAUCUUUUUUCAUUUUGUUAUGUAUUUGAAUUGGGAGGCACCGAAAUGGUUUUCCGUUUGCAAGACCCUCCCAACAAAACGGAAUUCAAAAACGUCAUCGAAGAAAGUCCGUAUGACGAUCUUUACAUUUCAUAG